AUGGCGACCGGUGUGGAUGCCAAGCUCCUCAAGAGCACCAGAUUCCCUCCCGAGUUCAGCCAGAAGGUCGACAUGACCAAGGUCAACCUGCAGGUCAUGAAGAAAUGGAUUGCAGGUAAGAUCUCGGAGAUCUUGGGCAGUGAGGAUGAUGUCGUCAUCGAGCUGUGCUUCAAUCUGAUCGAGGGAUCUCGCUUCCCCGACAUCAAGUCACUCCAGAUCCAGCUGACUGGAUUCCUCGACAAAGACACGGCCCCCUUCUGCAAGGAGCUGUGGAACCUCUGCCUGAGCGCCCAGACGAGCCCGCAGGGCGUCCCCAAGGAGCUGCUAGAGGCCAAGAAGAUGGAGCUCAUACAGGAGAAGAUU